CCCUGUCUCCUGUUCGGCGCCCUUCGGGGUUGGAACGAAAGUCCAAAGCAGGGUGCGGGGUAGUGCCGCUAUCUCGAGAUUGCCGAGCCCGGACGCUGGGCAAGCUGAACACGGCGCUCAGCCUGUGAAGGGUAAUGACAGGAACGGAUAGUGACCUUCACUAAUCCGGCCGAGAGAUGGCGGGUAAUUCGGCGGAAAAUGUAUGCCCUAGCAGAGCUCUACUCGGCCAUAUAAGGUAUUGCACCAUCUGCAGGGCAGCUUCCGACACCAGUCAUAUUACGCCGACUCACCUUCCGGCUACGACCUCUUGUCCGCACCAAGAACGAUGACUUCUAACUCUACGUUUGGCCAAAGGACGCCUGGCUCCGAGGUUGCCAGAGUGUUCGCUGAGCAGAUACGGGGAAAGACAAUCCUGGUUACGGGCGUCAGUCCGAAAGGAAUCGGCUCGGCGACCGUCUUGAACCUCGCAUCUCAGAACCCGGGGCUUCUGAUACUCGCAUCCCGGACCAAGUCGCGACUUCAAGAGGUAGCCAAUCAGAUUGCUGAGAAGUUCCCUAGCACACGGGUAGAGAUCGUCCUCUUGGACCUGGGCUCUCAAAAAUCCGUUCGACAAGCCGCUGCCGACGUCGCAGCCCUGACCGACAAGCUCGACAUCCUCAUCAACAACGCCGGCAUCGUGGUUACAUCCCGCCAGGCCACGCCCGAGGGCAUCGAGCAGCAGUUUGGCACCAACCACAUUGGUCCAUUCCUCUUCACCAACCUCCUCCUCCCCCUCCUGUGCAAGGCGGCCAAGUCCAACCCUCCGGGGUCUACACGAAUCGUGUCGCUCAGCAGUGCGGGACACAGGCUGUCUCCCAUCCGCUUCUCGGACUACAACUUUGAAGGCAAGGAGGUGCCGCCCGAGGAAGAUCACUUCAAGCCACUCCCGGGGGCCUUUGCUAAGUGUGCCCCGGACGGGUACAACGGCAUCGUCACGUACGCGCAGUCCAAGACGGCAAACAUCUUAUUUACUGUCUCUCUUCAGAAGCAUCUGACCAAAGCCGGAAUUGCUGCGUACACUCUCCACCCUGGCACAAUCGAGACAGACCUCAGCCGCGAUCAAGAUGACGAACUGACGGCCCAGUUCUACCACGUUGCGCCGUACUGGAAGACUCCUAACGAGGGGAGCUCCACCACGCUUGUGGCAGCUUUGGAUCCCGCUCUGAAUGAUGUCAAGGCCCUGUAUCUCUCCGACUGUCAGUUCGCGGAGCCAUUCCCGCAUGCUAGUGACGCCGUUGCUGCCGAUCGGCUGUGGAAACUAAGCGAAGAGCUGGUUGGCGAGAUGUUCUCCCUUGACGGUUGAGAAGCGACGUCGCCUUGACUCCUCGGUAAUCGGGCAAACAAGUCGGGGUCGAGCAACAUGUUCUACUUGAUUUAAUCAUGCCAGAUUUCAAGCAUAGGAUAUCCGGUAUAACGCCCUUUGAUAUUCGAAAAUGGGUCCAGCAGUGGUGAGACAGCUUCACCUUGAAAUCAGGUAGGUCCCAUGUAUUUGUGAGAUUCACCGUACAUGAGCGGUGCAAAGAUUACGACUGGAUUU